GGGGGGUCAAUUUGUAUUAAAAAUGGAAGGAAUAUUAAAUAUUAUGUUGAUGAUUGAAUUAUCGGAAAAUGGGGAAAAUAAGGAGAAUAUAAAUUUUAGUUUUAGUUUUAAAAUGAUGUUUGCGGAGUUGUUGGUGUUGUACUUACCUUUUUUGCACCGCCCUGCUGAUUUUCUUCUCCUUUUAUUCUUAUUUUGUACCGCUCAGAAUCAGAAUCAUUCUACAUUUUUCCAUAAAACUGUGCUCUUUCCUCACCUUUCUCCCCAAUUUCUUCCCCAAUUUCCUCCCCAAUUUCUUCCUCCUCCUUUUUAA